AUGGAACUGAACGAGCUGCAACGCCUUGCAGCGGCAUUCGACGAACAAGGGAUGCGCUACACAUUCACAGCCUCCGAGCACCCGUCCACACCAGGCGUGUACCGUUUCGUUUUCUCCCGCCCAACGAACGCUGCACCGGAAUCUGCCGUUUACAUUAAUGCCGACAUCACGCGUGCACCAAAUCAAAACGGAAGGGGGGACGCCGACGAUGCGGCUACUUACCGCGUAAUGAUUGAGGGUUUGCGUUGGCCAUACUACAUCAAGUUGCGAGAUGGCAUUGUUGACGAGGGCGGGUUCCCGGAAAGUUUACUAGAGAGGGUUGACUUGCAAAAAUGUAAAGUAAAUGAAAGGUGUCUUUGGACAUGA